AUGACGGACUUGCAGCUGGAAGAAAUCAUCGGAUUUUUAUUCUUUUAUUAAAGAAAAAAAAUUUGAAAUGCCUUCCAUGUGCCAAGCACUGUGUAAGGUGGGAGACAACUACUCGGUGCAACCUCUGUCGAGCUGCUUUCCUCCGCUUUCCCUACCCCUAGGUUUCCCCCUGCCCAAACAGGAUUUUGUGCUUCGUGGCUUGUCCAGGCAAGCAGGCCGUCGCGGGACUUAGACCUAGACCUAGACAGUAAGUCCGCCUCUCUUCCGGGCCUCCCUUCUCUUUCCUGCGCUGCAGGGCAGCAGCAAAUCUGGGGCGAGAUUCCCGCCGCGGACGCGCACUGCCGAAGCCAGGUCCCUCGACCUGUCGCUGCCCAGCGCGGGGGCGCAACCGCCACGCCUCCUCACCCCUCCCUCCGGCCUCACGAAUAAUGACGGCCGCCGCCCCUCCCACCCUUGGCGUCAAGUUCAAAACAAUCCUUUGACUACAACUCCCAGAAGGCCGAGCGGCUUAGCGAGUGCACCCGCUCUCGGCUGUUCCGGCAAACUACACGGCCCAAAGGGCAGCGUGCGACCGCGUGUCCUUUCAUAGCGCAACUGCGGAACUGCGUUUGUUUCCGGCGUGGGUCUGGGCAAGAACCGCUUGUAGUUUGGUUUAAGUUCUGCACUGGAGGACCUUCUGGGUUUACCUGUUGGGCUCGUGGCUGCGCAGGCGCAGCAGCUACACAGAAGAGAUGGGAGAAGAGGCUAAUGAUGACAAGAAGCCAACCACGAAAUUUGAACUAGAGCGAGAAACAGAACUUCGCUUUGAGGUGGAGGCAUCUCAGUCAGUUCAGUUGGAGUUGUUGACUGGCAUGGCAGAGAUCUUUGGCACAGAGCUGACCCGAAACAAGAAAUUCACCUUUGAUGCUGGUGCCAAGGUGGCUGUUUUCACUUGGCAUGGCUGUUCUGUGCAACUGAGCGGCCGCACUGAGGUGGCUUAUGUCUCCAAGGACACUCCUAUGUUGCUUUACCUCAACACUCACACAGCCUUGGAACAGAUGCGGAGGCAAGCGGAAAAGGAAGAAGAGCGAGGUCCCCGUGUGAUGGUAGUGGGCCCCACUGAUGUGGGCAAAUCUACAGUGUGUCGCCUUCUGCUCAACUAUGCAGUGCGUUUGGGCCGCCGUCCCACUUAUGUGGAGCUGGAUGUGGGCCAGGGUUCUGUGUCCAUCCCUGGUACCAUGGGGGCCCUCUACAUUGAGCGGCCUGCAGACGUGGAAGAGGGUUUCUCUAUCCAGGCCCCUCUGGUGUAUCAUUUUGGUUCCACCACUCCUGGCACCAACAUCAAGCUUUAUAAUAAGAUUACAUCUCGUUUAGCAGAUGUGUUCAACCAAAGGUGUGAGGUGAACCGAAGGGCAUCUGUGAGUGGCUGUGUCAUUAACACCUGUGGCUGGGUCAAGGGCUCUGGUUACCAGGCUCUGGUGCAUGCAGCCUCAGCUUUUGAGGUGGAUGUCGUCGUGGUUCUGGAUCAAGAACGACUGUACAACGAACUGAAACGGGACCUCCCCCACUUUGUACGCACUGUGCUGCUCCCUAAAUCUGGGGGUGUGGUGGAGCGCUCCAAGGACUUCCGGCGGGAAUGUAGGGAUGAGCGUAUCCGUGAGUAUUUUUAUGGAUUCCGAGGCUGUUUCUAUCCCCAUGCCUUCAAUGUCAAAUUUUCAGAUGUGAAAAUCUACAAAGUUGGGGCACCCACCAUCCCAGACUCCUGUUUACCUUUGGGCAUGUCUCAAGAGGAUAAUCAGCUCAAGCUAGUACCCGUCACUCCUGGGCGAGAUAUGGUGCACCACCUACUGAGUGUUAGCACUGCCGAGGGCACAGAGGAGAACCUGUCUGAGACGAGCGUAGCUGGCUUCAUUGUGGUGACCAGUGUGGACCUGGAGCAUCAGGUGUUUACUGUUCUGUCUCCAGCCCCCCGCCCACUGCCUAAGAACUUCCUUCUCAUCAUGGACAUCCGGUUCAUGGAUCUGAAGUAGAGAUCAGCAGGAAGCCUUGCUGCCUGGGACAUAGAGAUCUUCUGGCCACCCCUAGAGGCAGAUGGGCUGAGAUAAGAGACUCUGUUGGGGCCACCUGACCAGUAAACUGUGGACUAGUAGAAGUUCAUAUUCUACCUCUAAAAACAGGUAGUGGUAACCUGACUCUUCUAAUCUGGAACCUAAAGGAAAACCAUGAGACUCUAAUUGGUUGCUUAGACUACCUAAGAUGCCACUUUGAAUUCUCUAAGACCCUGGAGAAUUGCAUUUCUUUCACUGUGCUACUCUGUGGUUUUUAAAAAUCAAUGCUUUAUAUUCCAUAUAGGGUUCUUACCCACUUUUCUAGGAUGAAAGUGUGAAUUAGAGGGACUCUUUCCAAUAAAGUUCAAACUUAAAAAUCAUUUUAAUAAAUAUUUUUGCCAUGUCAUAGAA